CCUCCUAUCGACAUCUUGGAAUUUGAAACCAACUACAUGAUCUAUAUUUCUGUUCCUGGAGCCUCCACAAAGGACAUUCGUUUAUCGUUUGACUACGACCGAAACGCCCUCAUCGUGUCUGGCCAGAUAUCGAAGUACGACCGUACACUUCGCAGCUCCAUUCGUGUGAUCGAGCGUGCCACUGGAAAGUUCGAGCGGUACAUUCCGUUGCCGUACUCGCCUCGUAUUGACGACACCAGGAUCAUCACCAACUAUACCGAUGGUAUCCUAGCAAUAUCAAUUCCAAAACUC